AUGUCGAAUAUAAGACGAUUAACACCGGCACCUCCACCUUCUACAAAUGCUUGGGAUUUAAAUACAUUGGUACUGCCAAAACAAGAGGAACAAAAAGUGGUAGUCAAAGCAACGCCAAUUUGCAAACAGGAUAUAGAUAUCAACGAGUCACUGAAUCCCUCUUUGCGAUUUUUAUCAACCGCAUUGGUUCAACCCAGUGUCACUUUUCCAUCAAAUGCAAGUGUUUUGGGUGUUGAAUCACCCCAUCCAAAAGUGGUUGCAAGAAUUACAAACAAACCAAACAAUGUAGUAAAUGUUGGCAAAAAGAUCAAAAUUAGAAAACCAGCCUUCCCUAGAUCAAAAGACAUCAAAGGUGGUAAUGGAUUGUUCAAGUAUAAAAUCACAGAUGAGUAUAACAAGCCAGUUAUUAUGUCACAAUCAAAUUUGUGGACAGCAGCAGCAGCCACAACAGCAGCCACAGCUACAGCAACAGUAACAACAUCGUUAUACACUUUAAGACCAGAUAUUGGAUUUCUCGCCAAUUCAGCUGAAGAUCAUUCAAUCAUUUCUGUGGAUUCAGCAAUACCGUCUCCAAUACUAAUCCCAUCAUCAAGCACUUCAUUCUUUCCGCAGUCACCAGGAAUGUUUUCACCACAACAACCAAUGGUGGUUUACGGUAUGCCAAUGUAUCUGCAUUUGCCUCUUCAACAUCUGCUGCCUCAACUAAUGAUGCCACCAUCACCAGAGAACAAAAGGGAUACUCUUAAAGGCAGUAUAAAGAAACAAUUGCAAUACUAUUUUUCCACGGAAAAUCUUUGUAAAGACACCUACCUAAGGUCUUUAUUUGAUAAAAGUGAUGGCAAACUCAGGGUGAAAAGCUUGAUUGAGUUCAAUAGACUCAAAAAACUAACUCACGAUGGGAAGUAUGUUGAGUUGGUUAUUGAGGCCGGCAAAGAACUUCCAUUUUUGGAAGUCCUCGACGGUAAUGAAUUUAUUCGAUUAAAGACGUGGGAGAAAUGGGUUAUGCCGUAG